AUGCUUUCCAAGUUUACCACUGCUCGUUUCACUGCGCUCAAUGCGUCCCGCAGACUGGUAAGAAACGCUUCUUCUACAAGCAGCGUUAGCAGUGCAGCCACCGGUGGCUCAUCUUCAUUCAAUAUCAGCAAAGUUAUCGAAAACAAUGUCGACAACAAGCCCAACGUCGUGAUAUUGGGUUCCGGCUGGGGUGCUAUCUCCUUGCUUCAAAACAUCGAUUCAAAGAAGUACAACGUCACCAUGAUCUCGCCUCGUAACUACUUCUUGUUUACCCCAUUGUUGCCAUCGACCCCCGUCGGAACUGUGGACGAAAAAUCGAUCAUCGAACCAGUUGUCAACUUCGCGCUCAAGAAGAAGGGCAACAUCUCAUAUUACGAAGCAAAGGCUACGUCCGUUAACCCAGACAGAAACACAGUUACUAUCCAGUCCGUUUCCACCGUCUCCCAGCUCGCACAGCCCGACAACCACUUGGGUCUCAACCAGCAGGAUAAGGCUGAAAUCAAAUACGACUAUCUAGUCACUGCUGUUGGUGCCGAACCAAACACUUUCGGAAUCCCAGGUGUCGAGGAACACGGUAACUUUUUGAAGGAGAUCCCUCAUUCCCUCGAAAUUCGUAAGCGGUUCUUGUCCAACAUCGAAAAGGCCAACCUACUGCCUAAAGGCGACGCUGAACGUAAGCGUCUUUUGACAAUUGUGGUUGUCGGCGGUGGUCCAACUGGUGUCGAAACUGCUGGUGAAUUGCAGGACUACAUCGAUCAAGACCUCAAGAGAUUUAUGCCAUCCGUUGCGGCCGAAGUUCAAAUUCACCUUGUCGAAGCAUUGCCAGUCGUUUUGAACAUGUUCGAACGUAAGUUGACUUCAUAUGCUCAGGACGUUCUUCAGCAAACUACAAUCAAGGUUCAUUUGAGAACUGCCGUUUCCAAAGUCGAAAAGGAUCAUUUGGUCGCCAAGACCAAGGCCGAAGAUGGUGCUGUUACCGAGCAAACCAUCCCUUACGGUACUCUGAUUUGGGCCACUGGUAACAAGCCUCUAAGCAUAAUCACAGACCUCUUCAAGAAAAUCCCUCAACAAGCAGAGUCCAGAAGAGGGCUAGUGGUCAACAACAACAUGUUGGUUAAAGGUACUAACAACAUCUUCGCUGUCGGUGACAACGCCUUCUCUGGCCUACCACCUACAGCUCAAGUUGCUCAUCAACAAGCCGAAUAUUUGGCUAAAGUUUUCGAAAAGAUGGCAAAGACCCCAGACUUCCAUGCCGAUCUAGCUAAGAGAACUGAAAAGGUUGACUUGUUCUUCGAGGAGAAGGGUGUCAAGCCUUUUGACUACGUUCAUUACGGUGCCUUGGCUUAUUUGGGAGCUGAGAAAGCCAUUGCUAACAUAACAUACGGAAAGCGUUCUUUCUACACUGGUGGUGGUGUUUUGACUUUCUACAUUUGGAGAGUCCUAUAUGCCAUGAUGAUUUUGUCCGCAAGAUCCAGGUUCAAGGUCAUUUCUGACUGGUUCAAGCUGGCCAUCUUCAGAAGAGACUGUUUCAAGGAACUGUAA